GGCACAAAUUCUAAAAAAUAACGUUACACAUAAGUACGAACUCUGUAACUAACUUUGUCUUCGGCUUUGAUUGUCGUUGUGCCCUUUUCUGUAUCUUAGGCUGUACUUAACUACUUAUAUUCACACGUUUUUGUAUUGUAUCUAUUGAUUUGUUGGUAAACGUUGUGUUUGUAUUUACUUUGAUCUAAUAGACCAUACCACAUUUCUUAAUUUCUGCUUACAAAAGUCAACACAUUCCUGUCCAUUCUUUUCUUCCCGACCCAUCUUCCAAGGCAAUAGGAACUAAUCAGUGGCAGAUGGAUACAUUUAAAGAUAUUAUUCAUUGGAGUGAGCCAAUCAAGUCGGGUAUUGUUUCCGCUGUUGGGUUGACAUUUUUGUUAAGUUUAUCCUGCAUGUCAUUCAUUUCCGUUGUUGCUUACGCUGGGCUUGCCUUAUUUUGCUGUACAGCAGCUUACAAACUGUAUAAUGCCGUUCUUGGUUCAAAUAAACAGGAAGCGUCAAACAAUUCAAACCAUUCAUUUCAUUCAUGGCUUGAAUAUGAUGUUCUGUUAUCUGAAGAUAAAAUUGCCCAACGUGUUGGAGCUGCAUCUGAACAGUUAUCUGAAAAAUUAAAUCAGUUACGUCGUAUGUUAUUGAUGCAAGAUUAUUUUGAAACUGCCAAGCUUGCGGUUGGCUUAUACAUACUAUCAAUUAUAGGUGGAUGGUUUAAUUUACUUACAUUAAUUAUUAUACUAUUCGUUUUGGGAUUGACGUGCCCCAGAAUUUACUUAUUAUACCAGCCUCAAUGUGAUGAAGCAUUCAAAGUGGCUAAAACGAAAUUGACAGAUAUACUUAAAAUUGUUGAAACUAAAGUUGAAAAGCUUCGUGGUUCACCAAAAAAGUAGGAUUUCUGCACCCUGUUCACAGUGAUCGAUUCAGUCUGGUGAUAUUCACUCAAAUGAUGUAUUUGUCUUCAGUAAUUUGUAUUGUGUGCAUAUUCUUAUAGAAAUUACUCUUCCUCUUUUAGUCCUGUCAUACAUUUAAAUUUUCGUUGAAUUAUGUCACAAUACUAUAACUGUGCUUUUGUCAUUCAGUAAUUAAUUAAAGAAUCUUCACAUUUUAAAUUAAGAAUUAUUUCCUUCUACCUCCUGCCUCUUCGUUUUCGUUUUGCAUGUUUCAAUGUUACUUGUUUUUAUUUUAUUUGUCAUUAGUUUGUGAAUCAAAAUAAAUUGGUUGAUUGUCUUGAA